CGGGGUUUCCGGUCCGGUGUCGGGUCCCGGCUCUGGACGUCCGGUAGGAGGGCGGCGGGAGMAGCAUUAUUAGUUAAACCAAAGGAUCCACUGCUUCCAUGGCUGCCUCACAAACUCCACAGACUGUUGCAUCUCAUGUUCCCUUUGCAGAUUUAUGUUCAACUUUAGAGCGAAUACAGAAAAGUAAAGGACGUGUAGAAAAAAUCAGACACUUCAAGGAAUUUUUAGAUUCUUGGAGAAAAUUUCAUGAUGCACUUCAUAAGAACCAAAAAAAUGUUACAGAUUCUUUUUAUCCGGCCAUGAGACUUAUUCUUCCUCASCUAGAACGAGAGAGAAUGGCUUAUGGAAUCAAAGAAACUAUGCUGGCCAAGCUUUAUAUUGAAUUGCUUAAUUUGCCGAGRGAAGGGAAAGAUGCCCUUAAGCUCCUCAAUUACAGGACCCCCACUGGGACGCGUGGAGAGGCUGGGGACUUUGCAAUGAUUGCCUACUUUGUGCUGAAGCCCCGAUGUUUGCAAAAAGGAAGUUUGACCAUACAGCAAGUAAAUGAACUUUUAGAUUCYGUUGCCAGCAAUAAUUCUGCCAAAAGAAAAGACUUGGUGAAAAAGAGUCUUCUUCAGCUUAUAACYCAGAGUUCAGCACUGGAACAAAAGUGGCUCAUACGAAUGAUUGUGAAGGACUUAAAGCUUGGUGUUAGUCAGCAAACUAUAUUUUCUGUUUUUCAUAGUGAUGCUAUCGAGUUGCAUAAUGUUACCACRGAUCUGGAAAAAGUCUGUACACAGCUGCAUGAUCCCUCUGUAGGACUCACUGACAUUUCCAUCACUUUGUUUUCUGCCUUCAAACCAAUGCUAGCUGCAAUAGCAAACAUUGAGCACAUCGAGAAGGACAUGAGACACCAGAGUUUCUACAUYGAAACCAAACUUGAUGGUGAGCGGAUGCAGAUGCACAAAGAUGGCGAUGYUUAUCRGUACUUUUCCCGAAAWGGCUAUAACUWCACUGAACAGUUUGGUGCCUCUCCRCAAGAGGGUUCUCUCACCCCAUUCAUUCAUAAUGCAUUCCAGCCAGAUGUGCAAACCUGUAUCCUUGAUGGAGAGAUGAUGGCCUACAACCCGAACACACAGACUUUUAUGCAAAAGGGCAAUAAGUUUGAUAUUAAAAGGAUGGUGGAAGAUUCUGAUCUGCAGACUUGUUAUUGUGUUUUUGACGUGUUGAUGGUUAACAAUAAAAAGCUAGGACGUGAGAUCCUGAGGAAAAGGUAUGAGAUCCUUGGCAGUACCUUUACACCAAUACCAGGUCGGGUGGAGAUAGUGCAGAAAGCACAAGCUCAUACCAAGAAUGAAGUCAUCGAUGCAUUGAAUGAAGCAAUAGAUAAGCGAGAGGAGGGAAUCAUGAUAAAACAUCCCUUGUCCCUUUACAAGCCAGACAAAAAAGGUGAAGGAUGGUUAAAAAUUAAGCCUGAGUAUGUCACUGGACUAAUGGAUGAAUUGGAUAUCUUAAUUGUGGGAGGCUAUUGGGGUAAAGGUUUGCGGGGUGGAAUGAUGUCUCAUUUUUUGUGUGCAGUAGCAGAGAAGCCCCCUCCUGGUAAGAAGCCGUCUGUGUUUCAUACUCUCUGUCGUGUUGGCUCAGGAUACACCAUGAAAGAACUGUAUGAUCUAGGUUUGAAAUUGGCCAAGUACUGGAAAGCUUUUCAUAGAAAAGCUCCACCAGGCAGUAUUUUGUGUGGAACAGAGAAGCCAGAAGUGUACAUCGAGCCUUGCAAUUCUGUCAUCGUUCAGGUUAAGGCCGCAGAGAUUGUCCCCAGUGAUAUGUACAGAACUGGCUGCACGUUGCGUUUUCCGCGGAUUGAGAAGAUCAGGGAUGACAAGGAGUGGCAUGAGUGCAUGACCCUGGAGGACUUAGAACAGCUGCGGGGGAAGGCCUCUGGAAAGCUCGCUUCAAAGCACUUUUACCCAGGUGGAGAUGAUGAACCGCAAGAGAAAAAGCGGAGAGCACCCCCAAAGGUGAAGAAGGCUAUUGGAAUUAUUGAACACYUAAAGGCACCUAACCUUUCUAACGUUAGCAAAGUUUCCAAUAUAUUUGAAGAUGUCGAGUUUUGUGUUAUGAGUGGAACAGACAGCCAUCCAAAGCCUGACCURGAGAACAGAAUUGCAGAGUUCGGUGGCUAUAUUGUACAGAAUCCAGGCCCAGACACAUACUGUGUAAUUGCAGGUUCUGAGAACAUCAGAGUGAAAAACAUUAUUUCUUCUGAUACACAUGAUGUUGUCAAGCCUGCGUGGCUUUUAGAAUGUUUUGAGACCAAAAGCUGUGUUCCAUGGCAGCCUCGCUUUAUGAUUCACAUGUGCCCAUCAACAAAACAGCAUUUUGCCCGUGAAUAUGAUYGCUAUGGUGAUAGUUAUUUUGUUGAUACAGAUUUGAACCUACUGAAAGAAGUGUUCUCAGGAAUCAAAAAUUCUAAUGACCAGACUCCUGAAGAAAUGGCCUCUGUGAUUGCUGAUUUGGAGUAUCGAUACUCCUGGGACUGCUCUCCUCUCAGUAUGUUUCGACACCACACCAUUUAUGUGGACAUGUACACUGUUAUUAAUGACUUGAGUACCAGAAUCGAGGGAACAAGGUUAGCCAUCAGAGCCUUGGAGCUCCGGUUCCACGGGGCAAAGGUGGCUGCUCACUUAGCUGAGGGAGUUUCCCAUGUAAUUGUUGGGGAGGAUCACAGUCGCGUUUCGGAUUUUAAAGCUUUUAGAAGAACUCUUAAGAAGAAGUUUAAGAUCCUUCAAGAACGCUGGGUAACUGACUCGGUAGACAAGUGUGAGUUACAGGAAGAAAAUCAGUAUUUGAUAUAAGCCAGCUUUCUUAGGAAGGCCUUGGAUCUGGUAGACCCAUUGCAAUAUGCAGAAAUGAAGAAGUGGCAGACUGCAUUUUGCUUUUUUUAAUCUAUACUUAAAAUUGUUUUACUGUAUCUAAUAAUACUUUUUAACUUUUAAGAGGAAAGAAAUGGAAUGACCCAAAGCCAAGAAAUUCUCUYAGUAGUAUAGUAUUYYAUGAUCCUCCUGCCUCAGCUUCCURAGMACUGGGAUUACAGGUGUGUGCCACUGCACCCAGUAAAAAUUGCAAUUUUAAAAGUGAGCCUACAUUUAAUUUUUUAUUCUAAAAUUGAACAGAUUUUAAAUCAAGUAAUUUUAUGUGAAUUUGUAUUCCAGUAUAUAGUAUUCACCAAGUAAUUUUCURGGUAUAAUCCAUUGAGUAGGUGUCAAAAUGGCAUGUGUGUCAUAAUUUUCUUCAGAGGCCAGUAAAUUGCUUUGGCUUUUUAAAAUAGCUUUUGUAAAUAGAUUAUUUAAAGUCAAUGUGUAUAAUACACUUUUUAUCUGUAUUUAUAUAUCAAAUUUUGAAAUACAGCCUAUAUUUAAAAAUAUUCUUUCAUGAUUGUUGAAAUGAAUGGAAUUUGGUACCCGAGAUACUGGGUGUAGAUAAUGUGAUAUUAGAAGUUUUAUGAAACAA